AUGCUGGUCUGGGCAGUUCUUUGGCUUCCGUUAUGUCUUGCCUUGAGCCAAAGCAGUGAAGAGAGCUGCCCUUUGGCCGAUGGCUCUUGUCAGCCUGCCAAAUCAAGUAGUUCAGUGCUCCCAACAUGUGAAGAAGAUAUUGAGCUCAAGGACUUGGUCGAGAAGUCCAAGUUGCUUUGCAAUCCUCGGCACGUGCCAGAGAACCUGCGAGCACCCAAGAAGAUCUCGGGCCUCUACUGGUUGAAAGGGCUUCCUUUGCCUGAUGUGGCGGCCUGCUUCAGUACGGGUGAAUGGAAUCAGGACACCUUGACGCUAAAGCUUACAACUUGGCGGGACUUUUACUUUAAGAAUGACUUUGCUGGACGAAGCCUGGCUGGAGCUCUCUAUGAAGCUUCGUUUGCAUAUUUGGUGAAGUUCAAGGAUGAUACACUCUCAGAGGCGGACAUUACUCCCACCAGCUCCUCACGUUUGUGGUCACCUCUGACGACCGCGUUUGGAGCGAUCAGCUCUUUUCCCUUGAUCGAAGUCACUGGGGUCACUCCUGGCACGCGCUUCGCACGGCCUUCCUACUUCGGCAUUGCCGACUUCAAAGUCUUGACCAAUGAGUAUGAAGCAUGGAAAAUCUUGGAUGCGGACCUUCAUCCUGUAACUGAAAAUAUCCAAAUGAUGAUGAAGCUGUUACCGCGGAAAAUCGGUGACAAGCACAUCGUGAAGUUUUCGGAGGGCCCCUGCUCUGCGGACGUAAAAUCGGAUAAUCGACGUGGAGACCAGAGCUGCGCCGGCCUCUUCGUGGAACUCGUGAAGCAACCUCAAUUGGGCCUUGUGCACCAGGAGUUGGAGAAGGAGAUCAAGCUGGCGCAUGUGUCCUCGAAAGGCUGCCAUGCAGAGUAUAGCCUCAUUUGCCAGAAUGGCAUUUAUGAGAUCAAGGAGUCACACCUUUGUACCACUGGGCAUUUUACCGGUCCUGGUCAAGGGACAGUGGAAGGAAGUUGGGAAGUCUGUGCAUCUGCCGAUUUCUCCUUGAGUCUUCUGACGCCUGUGCUGGAUCUCACUUGGGAUGUGGAAAUCCCUCCGCACACGCCCGUGGAAGGCUGUCUUCGCGUGUCCUUGCCGGAAGAGCAUCCUGAGCUGGAGAAGGUCCGCGGUACCAUGGAGCAGCAGAAGCAGGUACUCAUUGCUAAGAAGAAGGAGGUGGGCGGUUGUCCAACCUUCCGGACGGCGGGGGACCGCCUGGCGCGCGCGGGGGACUUCGAAGGAAGUGGAUUGACCGGUGUCUUCUCGAGGCAGUACUUGAAGCUUUUGCAGAAGGAGCUUUCCAGUCGAGCACAGGUCUGGGCUCAUGCUCCACCUGGGAAGAAUCAAGAGUCCUUCAUCGACUCCACGAUCCAUGUGGCCUCCCUCUCGACCUUUUUGCCUUACUUUGCGAACCGCACCACUGCGUUCACCACCUGUGCUGCAUUGAACUGUGGAGAGCCAGUGCCCUUCAUCGACGGUCCCAUGCGUUUCCACUACGAGGAAGUGGCCAGUGCCCAAGCAAAUCCCAAGCAAAAACGGGUCUUUUCCUUGGCGUCCACCACGCCCACCGAAGAGUGCCAUGCUCGUUCAUUGCCAUUGUUCUACAGUAGUGGAUCCCCAGAACACACGCAGUGGCGACAGCUGUUGGAUGCUGCCGGCUUUGAAGAGAUGCACAAGAAGGAGUUGACCACCGCUGCAUCCCUGCUGGAUGCCGCGUGGCUGGAGAAACUGCGCCGUGCCAUUGGCAUGCAAUCAGUGCUGCCGGCGCCUACCGAGUUGGAAGUGGGACGGAUCGUUAUCCCCUUGGUCUUUGAGGCCAUUUGGGGCAAGAAGAUGUCCGCCUCAGAAGUCUAUCAAAUCUUGCCCUACCUGGAGUUAGGGAAGAUGUGCAUCUUGGGCAAGCGUGGGAAGCACGUGGGGGUGGUGCAACCCAGAGCGCUCAAAGCCAUCAAGAACGUGGCCAUUGCCUUUGCACGGGACUCUCCAACAGCGCAGAAGCUCUACAAGUUGAUUCAAGAGCCCAAGUUCGCUACACUGAAGCACUUACUGGAGACCGACAUGACGGAAGAGACCUUGAAUGACAAGCUGGUGCGAGACAUUAUCCAUGCCUCGCUCUUUGCUGGCGUUCUGGGAACCAGCGACAUGACGACGAAGUGCGUGCAAUCUCAGUUCAAGGAUGGAAAUCAUGUAAUGAUGUUCCGAAAAGAUGCAGGGGCCUAUUUACAUGAGCUGAUGCGACUGGAUGGAGCGGUUCAGCAAUUCACCACUGCCCUCGACAGCGACCAGACCAUCGUCCUUGAGGGACAUAAGGUGGCAUUUCCCAAAGAUCAGGCUGUGAACAUGGUCAUGAACACCGCCAAUCGAGAUCCGAGCAAGUUCCCGGAUCCCGACGUGUUUGAUCCUGACAGAGCCAACCUUGAUGAGAUGCUGACCUGGAAUGGACAAUUGAAGCACGUGAUGGCUCGCAACUACAGUGGUGCCCCACGCUUCUGUCCUGGAUAUCACUUGUCCAUGAAGGUGGCCAAAGAGGUUUGCGCGCAGAUGACGAAGGAUUUGAACCAGUGGGGUGGUUUCAGCCGCGAACACGCGAAGAUUGAAGGCCUGGUGAAGAUCAAGACCCCUGGCUACUUUGGAAAACAUGCGUCCGUCGCCUAUUUCGACUUUAGCAAAGACAAGUAUUGCCUCACCGAGAAGUACCACCAUGAUACCUACAUUGGAUGUUUUCCCGACGAGGAGCUGGAAGUGGUCGAUCCCAAUGGUGGCCGUCCCAAGACCCUGGAGGAAGAGUACAAUAUGUGCCCAAAGAUGGUUCCAGCCAUGAUGCAGAUGCUCCUACGCGUGCUGGCACGACAAGAGGAAGCCCAUUCCACCGUCGGCUGGAUGAUUGAUCGAUUGCUGGGCAAGAAGGCCGACAGUGAAGACUUUCAUCCAGAUUGGGCGGAUGAUUUUGUGGUGGGUUUGUAUGCAGGCAUCAACCUCGUCAGCAUGCCGAUGUACUCCUCGCGGCACGCGAACUCCGUCUUCGUGCCGCGCCGCAAGGGCACCGUGGAGGUCUUCCAAGUGGGCAGCGUCGUGGCGCCCGACGUGGACAUCGACAAUCCCAAGUUCGUGCCGGUGGAGUGGUAUAUCCCACAACCGCUUUUGGACCUUGGAAUGGUGCCAGCGAUGACAUGUUUCCACGGAUUCCUGCGGCAGUUGCCUUGGGAUGACAUGUUGGAUGGUGAGCGAAAUACUUGGGACUUGGUCAUGAACCUCAGCAAGUUCUCUCACCGAAGGAAGGAGGAUUGGGUCAUGAGUUUCUACAAAGGCUACAAGAGCCAAGAUGGUGUGGAAAACUGGCCGAGCAUGGAGGUGAACUUCGCCAAGAUGUAUUGGAAGCAAGAUGAGUGGGACGACGGCUUGGAAAAAGCCAUUGCCUUCGGUUUGAUCGCUUCUCACCGUCUGGAAGAACUGGAUCCUCCAGUGAACUUUGGCGGCGACUCAAUGCGUAUCACGCGCUGGAGGUGCUCGUUGAUUACGAUCAUCACCUUGACCGAUCAUCUUCACUACACCCACUUCCGCGCCGGCAACGUCUUGGCCACGGCGGUGCGCAAGACCCUGUCGCCCAAUCAUCCCUUGCGGCGCCUGCUCUCGGUCUUUACCUUCGGAACCAUCUUCGUGAACCUCCAGGCGAUGCACACCUUGAUUGGUCCUCGACACGUCUUGCACCGAUCAACACCCUUUGUCCAGUUCGAAGACUUAAGCGAUGCAGUGCCACAGCAUCUCUUGCCUUUGACCCAAAAGCACCAAGCUCUCUUAAAGGAGGAGGAGUGGAAGAAGUUGCCUCCCAAAGUGCGCUCCACGCCCUACUUCUCCGAUGGAAAGCUUCUCUUCGACGCCGAACGGAAGCUGCUGAAGGAGUUCAGGGAGCUCUACGGCUAUGGCGCUAUGGGGUUUUGCAGCAAGGAGGACCAGAUCGUGGGGCCCGAGGCACAAGGCUUCGUGUCGGAGCUCAUCGCGGAGAAUGCCCACUCGCAUUAUGCCAGCGCGCUCCACCAGAACGUCACCUGCACCGAGUUUUUCGAGGAGAUCCUCAUGGCCUACAUUUGGACGGUCACGGGAUGGCAUCGACAUGUCGGAACGGUCGGCGACUACUAUCGCGAUCCCGAGUUGGCCUCCUUCAGCUGGGUGGAAGGGGAACGAUCCGCCAGGCCGUUGCAACACAUGCAGAUGACGACGGUGGCCGUUUUUACCUCAUCUUUGCAGCCAAAGAUCAUCGAAGACUACAGUCACGUCUUUCAAGGAGUUCACAAGGAGGCACAGAUGCUCCAGAUCUUAGAUCGCUUUCGGGCGGAGCUCCAUCGCGUCUCUGCAGAGAUUCAGCGGAGGAACCAGAAGCGACUGCACGAUCCAGACAUGGGCUUUGAAAAUGUGCACGCAGAUCCCAAGAUCGUCAUCGGAUUGCCUUACUACGCCUUCUACCUCCUUCCAGCCAGAUUCUGGGAGCUCGCCGCCGGAGUCAUCCUGUUCCUUUUUUGCGCCAAGAAGGACACGGUGAUCUCUGACAUGUUGAGACGUCAGCCAACACUUUUGCUUCUUUUGCAGUCGUGGACAGCUUUGCUGUUCUUGGUGGCCUUUCUGGUGAAGUUCGAAGAGAAGAGCUUCCCACUGCCUGGAGCUUUGAUGCCUGUGAUCGGAACCGUGUGCUUUAUCCUGUGUGGCUUCGCACCCUUCUCGCUGCUCAACAAACUGCUUAGUGUUGGUCCCAUGGUCUUCAUUGGACGGAUAUCUUACUGCAUUUACCUGUGGCACGUUCCGGUCCUCUCGCUGUGCCGCUGGCUCACGCUUGGAAGUGAAAUGCCCAUGGCACUGCGACUCUUCACCUUGCUUCCAACGUCACUUCUAGCGAUUGCCACGCACUUCUUCGUGGAGGCACCACUGAGAAAGCUGCAAAUGUCCUCCAGAUGGGCACUGAUCACCAGCUUCAUCGCAAGCAUUGGAGCCGCGCUCUUCUUGGUCUUGCUCUUGGUGAUUCGACACUCCCUGGGCGACAGCUACUUUUUGUGGCUGGCGUGUGUUGCCUUGAUGUCCUUGUUGGUGAUCUUCGUGCUCUUCUCCUGCCAAACGGAGGAGCGGCCAGGGUCGCGUAACCUUUUCAUGUUCAUUUGCAUCCUGGUUUGCGCUGCCUUCGGUUUGACGUACAACAUUUACCACGACAAUGCUGGACUGCACUCUGCACAGCAGGUCAUGGUGAAUCCACGUGCUGAAGCUGAGCGAAGUGUUGCACCUGCUGCCGUGCAAUCUUCAUGUACAGUGUGCAGCUGCGCGAGCGAGACCUUGACCUAUCACUUGCCGCCCGAGAGCUGCACGCCACACGCGUGGAGUUGUGACCGACCACAGGUGCCAUGCUUUCAAGGAACGCCUCUGGCCGAAAGCGACUUCCAGCCGCACGUGCCUUGGGGUCAUGAGAAUUGCCUGGGCGCCGCCAUGUCCGAAGACGAGAUCUUGGCUCGGUGCUUGGUGCCCGAGCAAAAGCGAACCAUAUGGCUGAUUGGUGAUUCCCAUUCCUUCGCACUGGUACCUUGCAUCUCGAUGACUGCAGAUGCACUUGGCAUUCCUGUUCACAACUACAGUUGGCCAGCGCAUCAUGCGUGCGAUAUGGAUUGGUCCAAGAUCUUCAAUGUCUUGGAAGUGAGGGUGAACCCAGGAGACAUCGUAGCUUUUUCCACUUGCUUCUAUUGCAUGGAGUGGUGUUUGCCACACUUUGAAGAGCUGAUCCAACGCUUGGUGGCCUUUGUGGGAGUGAAGAAUGCCAAGCUGUUGAUCUUCAAAGAUGUGCCACUCUUGAACCACAACUCCGUGAAUUGUGCGAACUCGAACCCGGCGGCGCCCACGGAGUGCUCCAUCAGCGCGGAACAGGCCACCGUGGACGUGAAGGAAGCGGACGAUAUGCUCGCAGCGUACUCCAAAGACUUUGGCAUGAUCGACCUCUUCUCGCCGAUGUGCAUGGAGGGCCGCUGCGACAUCUUUGUACCUGGCACCUCGGCGGUGGCUUACGUGGAUAAGACCCACAUCAAUCUGAAUGGUUGUCAUUACUUGGCUCCGUUUAUUUGCUCUGGUAUGCGCUCGCUCGGAUACAUUUGA